AUGACUGACCUCGCAAAAUUCUACUACGAUCCUGCACACUAUGCGGGAUACUCUACAAUAAAAAAUCUUUCGCGAGCAGCAGGACCUGGCUCCACGCGUGAAGAAAUUAUUCGUUGGCUUCAGACACAGGAUGCAUACACACUUCAUCGACCGGCACGGUAUAAAUUCCCGCGCUUGCAUUACAACGUCACGAAUAUCGACGAUCUGUGGGAGGCUGAUUUGGUUGAACUCGCUAAUCUCCGAAAUUACAAUGAGGACUAUUGUUACUUGUUGACAAUCAUCGAUGUGUUUAGCAAAUUUGUCUGGGUAGAACCAAUACAAAGUAAGACUUCGGACAGUGUGACGGAAGCUUUUCGUCGCGUGCUCUCAAGAAGCAGAGGGAGAGUACCGGUGUGGUUGCAGAGUGACAAGGGUAAAGAAUUCAUCAGGCAAACAUUUCAAAAAUUUCUGAAGGAAAAGAACAUAAGUUUUCGCACGGUACGAAAUCCGGAUGUCAAAGCAGCGGUGAUCGAACGCUUCAACAGAACGCUCAAAGAACGUUUAUGA